AUGGUCAAAAGCCCCCGCGCCAAAACUCUCUCCGUCCUAAAGAUCAAGUCGCGAGAUACCGUCGCCUCUACGCCCGCACCGGCCAUCCUGUCCACAGCUCUACAUCUUUUACGUGGAAGCCAAGCAUGUUUGCCAGCCGAAGAGCUCAGAGGAUUUAUCGGUUGCGACCAUGGGGAGUUUCACAGAAUAGUGAAGGAGUUUGGGGAGGAUGCAGUCUUCGCUUCGAAGGGGAGAAAGCGUACUGCCCCUCCGCGGGUACAGAUCGGGGUCGCUCUUCGACGACUUGCGACCGGUACCACUCUGAAAGAGUUGAAGAAAACUUUCGGCCUUCCCAAUGGAUCGAUUGAGGGCUAUACACAACACACCGUUUCUGCUAUCGCCAAGCGACUUCACCAACAUGUCAAGUGGCCGGACGCUCAAGAACGCGUCCAAAUCGGUCAGCGAAUCUUUGAAAAGUUCGCUCUUCCUGGCUGUGCCAUUCAGGUCAACAUUCAACCAUCUACAUCCGCACUGAAGAUUCGAUCAGAAGACAGUAAAAGUGGGGACGAUGACGAAGACGACUACGAGUACAAUCUUUUGGUAGUCCUCGGGAUAUGA